GGUGUAUCGCGUAAUAUGAAAAUUAUUUAUUUUGCGAGAAACGAAGAAUUUUCACAAAAAAAUUUUUCUACUUUAGAAUAAAAAAGAAAAAUAAUAAGAGAAAAAAAAACAUUACUGUUUUUUUUCAGUUUUUCACUUUAUUUUUCAUUCGUGUUUGUUGUAAAUUGUUAUUUUAUUGUUGUUCUUAUUCUUAUAUACUCUACAUUUCUUUUACUAUACUAUUUUUAUUUUAUUUGUGAAUGUUUAGAAGUUCGCAUGUUGUACGGAUUAAUAAUAAAGUUCUUCCGUAAAUAAAUAAAAUAUAAAUAAAUAAAGAAAGAAGGAAAAAAUUAAAAAUAAUAAUAAUAUAAAGGAACCAACCAAAAAGAAAAAAAAAACAACAGAAAAAAGGAAAAUAAAAUUAAAGAAAAUUAUUAAGAAUUCUUGUGGAUUAAAGUAGAAAAUUUUGCUUUUCAUAUAAGUACAAAAAAAUAAGAAAACUUUGUGCGGAUAUAACGUAAAUAUAAUAAUAUUAAUAUGUAUGUAUAUUAAAAUAAAAAAGAAAGGAGAGGAGGCUUUUGUGCUGUCAUUUGGAAAGUUUUGUUGAUACAGAAUACCAAUACCAAUAAUAAAAAAGAAAAAAAAUUAAUGGACAAAGUUCAUAGACAUUUUCAGAAUUUAUAAAUAAAUAUUAUUGAAGAGAAAAUUAAUAAUAUUGAUAUAAAAAAAAAAGUAAAAACAAAAUAAAAAAAAAAAGUUAAAUUUCUUUACAAAUUUAUUUUACAAGAGUUUUUAUAAUUUUAAAAUAUUUGUUUGAAAUAAAAAAUAAUAAUUGCAAUAUGGUGAAAUUACAAAUUAUCAUUUACAAUAGUUUUACAAUUUUAUUUUUAAUUAUUUUGAAUUGUGCUUAUUGUGAAUCAAAAUUUACAUUAACUUCGUCAUCCGGAUCAUCGUCCGCAUUAUUGACACGAAAAUGUCCAGCAAGACGUUUAGUUCCUAUAAAUAGUUUUAAAAGUGAUAUUAAUGAUAACGAUAUGGGUCAAAUAUUAAAUUUACGUGUACAAGUUGCUGUUACAUUGAAGAGGGAUCAACCGAAAAGGUUUACUUUACUUUUAACUGAAAUCACACCAUUGGAAAUAUCAAUUAGAACACAACAAGAUAUUCAAGAAAAGGCAAUAUUUGUAGAUAAGUUUCUCUACUAUAACAAUUCAAUUAUUAAGAAUGAUUCAAGAGAUAUUUUUAUACCAUGUGCAAUACCAGGAAUUUACGAUAUUGUUCUAUCAUUUAGAACAACAUUAAAAACUAAAAAACGUUUAAAUGUUAAAAUUGAAGCUAUUGAUGCUCAUCCGUCCGAGCAAUGGUCUUUACGUAAUCGAAGUGUUGAAGUUAAACUGCGAACACAAAAUCGUAUUCAAAAAAAACAAAUGAUUUUAAAAUGGAGUAAAAGCAAACUGGAUGUUCAUAAUGUUCAAUAUUGCAUGAUAGUAAACGAUAUAAAGCCAAGAGAAAACUUUUGUGAAUCUGUGGGAGAUUCAUUACAGAAACGCUAUUAUAGAGUACGCGGUGAUUGUAGUUACUUGACACCUGACGGUAUUUGGUUUAAGCAAAGAAAAAAAAUUAAAGAAAUUUAUAAAAAUUUUACAAAUAUAAUUUGUACUGGUAAAAAAACACAACAGAUUAUUAGCGCGUUGGAAGUUAAUCAGAAAUAUUAUGUUGAUAUAUUUGGAAUACAUUUAGGUUAUAGAAACUUACCAUUCCUAUUAAAAUCAACAGUAGUCUGGUUUAAUAAAACCCAUCCAAUAGUUCUCAAGGAUAAUUCAUUAACCAUUGAGAAAAUAUCUGGUAUAACAUCGAAUUCCGUAUUUAGUUUUAAGAUUCCAUCUUAUUCAAGCGUUACCCAAUUAACUUAUUUAAUCCUACCAUGUGGUGGUAGUCAGGUUGAUGCAAAAAUUUUACGUAAUCGUACAAAACUUUUAUUAGAGACUAACAUUUAUAAACCAACUUUUGUAACAUUAUCAAAUGGUGUAGAACGUAAUGGUCGAUAUAUUUUAAGGAUAACACCGAGCAAUGUUGAUGAAAUUUUAAAAGCAAAUAAAGUUGGUAAUAUUUUGUCAUCCCAGGUUGCCGUAUCAACGGAUAAUUUUCGGGAUUACAUACCACAAAUGCCAAAUGAUACAACAAUUACAGAAAUACGUUCGGCCAGGACAUGUGAUAACACAACAAAAAUUGCUUGGUAUGGUUCACCAGAUAGUCGAGAAAUUGAAUAUUGUGCAAUUGUUUUGAAAUUCCCGAAAAUUCAACGUAGUUCAAGUGAAACAAAUUACUGUAUGGAUUUUAGUCGAGAUAAUAUCAAACGCCAUCCACUGUUUCAUUAUAUGAAAUGCGUUCCCGGUGAAUACACGAAUAUAGAAACAUUACAGUUGUAUAAUUUUAUACCAGAAUACUCUUACAUUGUUUAUGUAACAAUCAGAUUAGUUAAAAAUGAAGUAAUCGCAAACAAAGCAAUUCCUUAUGAAAGUAUAAAAAUUAAUUAUAACUUUAAUAGCGAUUGCAUAAAUACAACAUCAGUGACACCAUCAACUUAUGAUUAUUAAUUCAAUACAAACACAAAAAGAGAAAACAAGAGAUAAACCAAAAUUUAAAUUUAAAAUACAAUUUGAGGGUAAAGAAGUAUUUUAAAAAAGUAAUUAGACUGCCAUCUAUAUUAUUAAAUAAUUAAAUUUCUUUUAUAUUUUUUUUUUAUAAUAAAUUAAGUCUACAAUUAAGACACAAAAAUUUAGCAAAGACAAAGAAUAUUAUAAUAUAUAUAUUUAAGUGUGCUUAAGAGAUAAUUUUGUAUGUAUGAAUUAUAUAUGCAGUAAGUGCAUGGUGCAAUAUUUCUAUUACAACAUUACUAUAUAUAUAUAUAAUCACACAAGUACUAUUCAUUACUAAUCAUAUGCAAAAAUCAAUUAAAUUUCGUUGUACUUAUGUAAUAAAAAUUACUCAUACCCUUAUACUGUGAAUGCAA